AUGACCACUGCUGUCGCAUAUCCACCUCAGCUUGCAACGCUUGCCUCCAUCUCCGUUGAUAACGAUAUGAGCUCAAAGACAGACGCCAGCACGGCGUCCACCUCUACGUCAAUCCCAACCAACUCCACGCCUGUCACAUCCUCCACCGCUGCCGUUGAAACCUCUUCCCAGAAGAAAGCCCCCGAAGGCAAAUUGUCGCCGACUUCAGCGAAAAAUGGUCCGCCACCUAAAAUCGUUGUCAAGAAGGAACCUCCCUCUUCUCCGGAUAUUGCUCAUUCAAGGCACCGGCCACGCAAGCUUGACCUUUCUACCAAUAUCCCCAGCGCGCAAAGCGCGAUGUCUGCACGUCCCUCUGCUGGCCCACUAACCGCAAGGGACAGCGCUGGAUUGGCGAUGCAGGAUGUUGGGCUUGCCUGUCUCUCCCCGGGGUUCCAAACGCACGAUCCUACAAUGCGCGAGCAACUUCAGCGAAGCAUCUCCGUUCGCGACCAGCAAAGGCAUAUUAUAGAAUCGCGCCUCCAGCGAACCGCAAAGCCUAACGAAAUGAUAGAUGGAAGCAAGGUUGGAGAUUCUCAGGCCUUUGGUCCACCGAUCAAGACGCCGACAACGCGGAGGAGAGCGCCGCCUGGUCUCUCCAUCGUUCCCCCUUCACACGAGCAAUUCGCAAAUGAACGAGUCAUCCAAUCAGCACCGUUGAAUCAAACCUUCACGGGAAGGCACCAGCCUCAUCCUCUCACUCGUCAUGUAGCUAAUCAAUCUUCGAAUUUGUCCCAUACAUCACAUAUUCACCAUGUUCCCGCAACGCAAACAAACAAUCGCCUCCCUCCGAUUAGCGAUGUCUUCGCUGCAGAGGGCCUAGGAGGCCCUCGGGAUUCUACAAGUCGAAACGGCUUUUACCUUCCAAACUCAUCCUCCAACUCGUCGCACUCAAAUGUCCGCCCUGCUUUCCCAUCUCCUGGCCAUCACGGAUCCCAAUCGCAGGCUCCCAGUUCGGACCGGCCCCGCGAAUAUCGUUCUGCUGAAGAGGCUGUGGCCUCACUCUCUGGCGGUCGAGAGGAUCUACUGCCUCGAAUCGUCCAUUACGGAGGGCACCAACCUCCAACUCCUCCGUCUCCGGUCAAUGGAGCUGGCGUCAGCGUCUUGAAGGCAGCACAAACCACGGCGGAUGGCGAAUCUAGUCGAACCGGCUCUGGGCGCAGGAGGAUGCGCGCUGAGUAUGAGAAGGACAUGGGAAGUCCACCUCUGGGCACCGGGCCCGAGCCACGGCCUGGACCUUUUGGGGAAGAGAGGGAUUCCCCUGACACCCAACGGAGGAAGAAGGAAGAAUUUCUUUCAUUAUGUGCUCGAGCCUGGGAUCUAUUUCAUUCUUAA